GAUUCCAUGAAGUUUCAUAUCAUGAUAAGAUUCCAUGAAACACGACUUGAAACACUGAUGUCCCUGGGCGAGCGAAACCGUCAACAGGAGAGAGGAAGAGAGAGAUGGUAAGAAACGGCGACAAUUUUCCUCAUCUUCCCUCUGAAACACAGAUGAAAUUGAUAUUUUGAUCGCGAUUCCUCAAUCCUCACUCUCCUUCGAUCUCAUCGAAACUAUUGUUUUCCGUCGCUUAUUAUUUUAACCAGCGACGGAUCUCUUCAAUUCUUCUCUCGAUUCCUUGGAAGAGGAAUUCAUAGGUAUAUCUUCUGGCCAUGCGACUCUGGUUCUCUGAUAUCUCCCUCUCCAGAGAGGAAUCCCUAGUUUUGGCUCAAGAUCCUACCUCCUUUCGAUAUCUUUAUUUUAGUUUCAGCAAUGCACGGCGAAUCUCAUUCUCUUGGCCCUAAUGCUAAGGGCCUACUCUGCAAUGCUGGCGCCGGUGCCGCUGCUGGCAGCCUCAUAGUCAGGAGUUUGGAACAAAUAUUCCGAAAGGAGGGAUUACGUGGAAUGUAUCGUGGACUUUCUCCUACUGUGUUGGCUUUACUCCCAAACUGGGCGGUGUAUUUUACCAUUUAUGAGCAACUCAAGGGCUUACUCUAUUCUGAUGUUGGGAGCCAUCAACUAUCGAUAGGUGCAAACAUAGUAGCCGCUGCUGGUGCUGGAGCUGCAACAACUAUUGCAACCAAUCCUCUUUGGGUUGUGAAGACAAGAUUUCAAACUCAAGGAAUGAGGAUGGGAAUCGUCCCAUAUAGGAGUACACUGUCUGCUUUGAGGAGAAUAGCUCAUGAGGAGGGUAUUCGUGGAUUAUACAGUGGUCUUGUGCCUGCAUUGGCAGGAAUUAGCCAUGUCGCCAUCCAGUUUCCAACAUACGAGAAGAUCAAAAUUUACUUGGCUAAGCGAGACAAAAGAGCCGCAGAUACACUCAGUACACGUGAUGUUGCGGUUGCUUCUUCGGUCUCCAAAGUAAUUGCAUCAACAUUGACGUAUCCACAUGAGGUGGUGCGUUCAAGGCUUCAAGAACAGGGGCACCACUCAGAGAAGCGAUAUUCUGGUGGAAUUGAUUGCAUUAAGAAAGUCUUUCAGAAAGAAGGUAUUCCUGGAUUUUACCGUGGUUGUGCCACCAACCUAUUGAGAACCACCCCAGCUGCUGUUAUCACAUUCACCAGCUUCGAAAUAAUUCACCGGUUUCUUCUUAAUCUGUCUCCUCCUGAGCCACAACACCAGACACUGUGAAUACAAAUCUUUCUUUAACUUGAUUGAUAUCAAUAUAGUUAAUGCAGCUUUACUGUGGCUCUGAACAUUCAUUUGUCCAAUUGAGGAUUAAAGUCCAAGUUAUUAAUUCAGCCAACCAAUAUCUGUACAAGUGAUGUUAAAAGUCCAAGAUUGGAUGAAUAUUUAUUUGUUACACAGUGCUCCAUGGCAGCUUCAAGCGCAUUUUCAGCCCAAGCUUGGCUUCUUUAAGGUUGGGAACACAGUGUAUGCCUUGCUUUGAAUGUAAUACUAGCUCUAGCUCUGGGGGAGGGUUUUUUUUUUUUUUGGGGGGGGGUUUCCGACUCACUUGCUGAUGAUGACGAUAAUAAAGAGUGGUGGGUCUUAACAUUUAGUAAUUAAUACAUGGUUAUUUUUCAGUA